UAAUUCAUUUUUUCAGAUCGAUCUUUCUCUUUUCUUUAAUUUCUCUCCUCCCUCUUUUUCUCUCUAAAUUCAAUUACUUCGCUCAGAAGAUCUUGAAAUUCAAUUCCUUCUUCUUCUGAUCAUCAUCUUCAGUCUCGCCGGAUCAUCCUGAACCUAAAUCAAUGGAGCAAAUGGAUGAAUGUUGCUCCACUCAACUUAUAGACGGAGAUGGUUCAUUUAAUGUCGAGGGCCUUGCUAGAUUUUCCAAGGCAGUUAAGCUGGCUGAAUGUGGACUUUCUUAUGCUGUCGUUUCCAUCAUGGGUCCUCAAAGUAGUGGAAAGAGCACACUGUUGAAUCAUCUUUUUCGUACCAAUUUUAGAGAGAUGGAUGCUUUUAGAGGAAGGUCUCAAACCACUAAAGGUAUUUGGAUGGCAAAAUGUGCUGAUAUUGAACCUUGUACACUAGUCAUGGAUUUGGAGGGUACUGAUGGAAGAGAAAGAGGAGAGGAUGAUACUGCAUUUGAGAAGCAGAGUGCCCUCUUUGCUCUUGCUGUAUCGGAUAUUGUACUUAUAAACAUGUGGUGUCAUGACAUUGGCCGUGAACAAGCUGCCAAUAAGCCACUCUUAAAGACUGUAUUUCAGGUCAUGAUGCGGUUGUUCAGUCCACGUAAAACAACUUUGCUAUUUGUCAUACGUGACAAAACAAGGACACCACUGGAAAAUUUGGAACCUGUUCUCCGGGAAGAUAUUCAGAAGAUAUGGGAUAAUGUUCCUAAACCACAAGCUCACAAAGAUACCCCAUUAAGCGAAUUUUUUAAUGUUGAGGUCACAGCUCUUAACAGUUACGAGGAAAAGGAAGAGCAAUUCAAGGAACAGGUGGCUGCUCUAAGACAGCGAUUCUACCAUUCUAUUGCUCCUGGUGGACUCGCUGGAGAUCGCAGGGCUGUAGUUCCUGCAUCAGGGUUCUCUUUUAGUGCACAACAAAUAUGGAAGAUUAUCAAGGAGAACAAGGAUCUUGACCUUCCUGCUCACAAGGUCAUGGUUGCCACAGUUCGAUGUGAAGAAAUUGCCAAUGAAAAGUUUGCUCAAUUAGUAGAGAAUGAGGAAUGGUGCGAGUUGGAGGAGGCUGCACAGUCUGGUCUUGUUUCAGGAUUCGGAAAGAAGCUUAGCUUAAUCCUCGAGGAAUGUCUGUCAGAAUAUGACAUGGAAGCUAUUUAUUUUGAAGAAAGUGUUAGGAAUGCAAAGCGGCAAAAUCUGGAAACAAGACUACUGCAAUUAAUCCAACCUGCUUAUCACUCCGUGUUGGGCCAUCUACGAUCUAAGACUCUGGAUGAUUUUAAGGAUGCAUUUGAGAAGGCUUUGAAGGGAGGAGAAGCAUUUGCUGUGGCUGCUCAUGAUUGUACUCAAUCUUUCAUCGCAGAAUUCGGCAAAGGAUGUGCUGAUGUGGCUAUUAAACAAGCAAACUGGGAUGCAACUAAAGUCCGAGACAAACUUCACCGUGAUAUAGAAGCACAUGUUGACUCCGUCCGAGCUGCCAAACUGUCUGAAAUUACUGCCACGUACGAGGGAAAACUGAACAAGGCAUUAGCCGAACCAGUGGAGUCUCUUCUAGAUGCAGCUAGUAAUGAGACAUGGCCAUCCAUCAGAAACCUUCUUCAGCGCGAGACAAAAACAGCAGUCUCUGGAUUCACUGGGGCACUUUCCGGUUUUGACAUUAAUGACAGCACCCUAGAUGAAAUGGUUGCUAACUUGGAAAGGUACGCAAGAAGUGUGGUUGAAACAAAGGCCAGGGAAGAAGCUGGAAGGGUCCUGAUCCGAAUGAAAGACAGGUUUGCAACACUAUUUAGCCGUGAUUCUGAUUCAAUGCCAAGGGUUUGGACCGGGAAGGAGGAUAUCCGAGGAAUAACGAAAGCUGCUCGCUCAGCAUCUUUGAAGCUGCUCUCUGUUAUGGCUGUUCUUCGGUUGGAGGAGGAUGCUGAUAGCAUUGAAAAUACUCUUGCCCUUGCACUCGUGGACACUAAUAACAAGAAAGUUACAUCAGUGGACCCACUGGCUUCAAGCACCUGGGAAGAGGUUUCUGCAGAAAAAACUUUGAUCACACCUGUUCAAUGUAAAUCUUUGUGGAGGCAAUUUAAGACUGAGACAGAGUACAGUGUUUCUCAGGCUAUUGCUGCCCAGGAAGCAAAUAAACGUAACAACAACUGGAUGCCACCUCCAUGGGCUAUCCUUGCUCUAGUUGUACUGGGAUUCAAUGAGUUUAUGACGCUUCUAAGGAAUCCUUUGUGGCUCUUGGUUAUCUUUGUCGGCUUCCUACUGGUCAAAGCUCUAUGGGUCCAACUAGACAUCUCGGGUGAAUUCCGCAAUGGUGCUCUCCCUGGGCUUCUAUCUUUGUCUACGAAGUUCCUUCCUACAGUAAUGAACCUUCUUAAAAAACUAGCGGAAGAGGGCCAAACACCUACAGCACCUGCUCCACAAAGACACGCUCCCCUUGAAUCAAAUUAUGGAGAUAACACACAAGUCAACAGUGAUUCUGCAUCGUCUAAUAUAACGUCGACAGAAAAUGGGGUUGAACAUUCAAGCUCUUUACGGCAAAGACAAGUUCAAAUGAACUAAGCCAAGGCUAAUAAUUUUGGUUAGAAACUCGUGAUUUGUUUAAGCCAUGAAAGCGAAGCAGUCCUGUCUGACGACACUAUUGUUUUGUUUGCCAAGUAGUUGGUAUGUAGCGGGAAAUUUGUAUACAAAAUACUCAGAUAUGUGUAUGACUGCAAGCAUGGUAUGUGUUUUGAGAGAGAGAAGAGUUGUGAGGUCGUUAUUUUGGGUUUGAGGGCAUCAUUACAUGGUUGGAUAGUUAGGGUAACCCCCUGAAAUAGUUCGAAUUUCUGUUUGCAUAUGUUUAGAUAAGUUAAAGAGAAUUCAUCCAUUAUCAUAUUCAUCAUACAUUUCUUGUAUUCAUAAUUUCUUUUCUUCUUUUGUAUGGUAGGUGUUCUUUUCUUUUCUAA